UGCACGUGUUGUGCUCAUUAUUUUAGGCGCACUCUGUAUAACACGCAAGCACUAGAGUAGUGCCCCAGGUCUAGCAUGGGGCUGCUGUCCCAGGGCUCGCCGCUCAGCUGGGCCGACACCAAGAAGCAUGCGGACUACGUGCGCGAACACGGAGUGCGGCAAUUCAUCAACAUCUACAACCGGCUCAAGGAGCGCCAGGGUGACGUGCUCAAGUGGGGCGACGAGGUGGAGUACAUUCUUGUGGCGUUUGACCACAGUGCUCAGAGGGCACGCGUUUUGCUAAAAGGGGAAGACGUAGUGGAAACUCUGCAAGCCCUUGGCGAGAAUGUUAAUCCGAACCACCCGUCGCUGUGGCGCCCCGAGUACGGCAGCUACAUGGUGGAAGGCACCCCGGGCCAGCCGUACGGAUGCACCAUGGCCGACUUCAACACCGUCGAGUCGAACAUGAGGCUACGCCGCAAGGAGGUGCUCGCGCAGCUGCGGAGCAAUGAGACCAUCUUCUCCAUCACCACCUUUCCCAGACUUGGCUGUCCUGGAUUCACGGUGCCCGAGUUUGAGCCCAAGCAAGAUGAAGCGGGGGCUUCCAAGUCCCUCUUUUUCCCUGACCAAGCCAUCAACAAGCACCCCAGGUUUAGUACGCUGACAAGAAACAUUCGACACAGACGUGGAGAAAAAGUUGUGAUAAAUGUCCCAAUUUUCAAGGACAAAAAGACUCCAUCGCCGUUUGUUGACCACUUCUCCAACGACGAUGGCGAAGCGGCACGUGCAGCCAAACCCAACCACAUCUACAUGGACGCCAUGGGCUUCGGCAUGGGCAACUGUUGUCUGCAGGUAACAUUCCAGGCAUGCAGCAUAGCGGAAGCGAGGUAUUUGUAUGACCAGCUGGCACCUCUCUGCCCCAUCAUGAUGGCUCUCAGCGCUGCUGCCCCGUUCUAUCGGGGCUAUGUGUCGGACGUCGACUGCCGGUGGGGCGUCAUCUCGGCUUCGGUUGAUGACCGCACGCGAGAGGAGAGAGGCCUGGAGCCCCUAAAAACGUGCAAGUUCCGCAUCAGCAAAUCGCGUUACGACUCCAUCGACAGCUACCUCUCCCAGUGCGGAGCGAAGUACAACGACAUCGAGCUGACCAAGGAUGAGGCUGUUUACCAGCAGCUGCUGGAUGCUGGCAUCGAUCACCUGCUCGCUCAGCACAUUGCCCACCUGUUCAUCCGGGAUCCCCUCACCCUGUUUGAGGAGAAGAUUUACCUCGAUGAUGAGCACGAGUCCGACCACUUUGAGAACAUUCAGUCAACAAACUGGCAAACCAUGCGAUUCAAGCCACCCCCGCCAAACUCUACAAUUGGGUGGCGUGUGGAGUUCCGACCAUCGGAGGCACAACUCACGGACUUUGAAAACUCAGCCUACGUGGUGUUCGUGGUGCUGCUCACGCGCGUUAUUCUAUCCUACAACCUCAACUUCCUCAUCCCACUCUCAAAGGUCGAUGAAAAUAUGAAGAAGGCACAGAAGAGGGAUGCAGUACGCCAGGAAAUGUUUUACUUCAGAAAGGACAUUGGGGCAGUGUGUAACCCAGUACUGGACAGCUGUCCACCCUGUGCCAAUGGAACAGAUUCUCAGGAUGAGUCGUAUAUACUCAUGAGUGUCGACACCAUCAUCAACGGGAAGGAGGGGGUUUUCCCUGGUCUCAUCCCCAUCAUCAACAGCUACCUCGAGAAUAUGGAAGUGGAUGUGGAGACACGAUGCAGCAUUUACAACUACCUAAGGCUUAUCCGCAAGCGGGCAUCAGGCGAGCUGAUGACAAUGGCGCGGUGGCUGCGCGAGUUUGUGGGCGCUCACCCCGAGUACAGGCACGACAGCGUCAUCACCGAUCGCAUUAACUAUGACCUGCUUGUACAUUGCGACGACAUUGCGCGCGGAAAGGCGGACUGUCCAGAGCUCUUCGACAAGCCCAUUCACAAGCCUCCUGAGCACAGCUAAAGCCGUUUCUCAUGCUGCAGACCAGUGAAUCUGAACUGUGUAAAUGCCAAAACCCCCUUCCCUCUCAUUAAGUGUCAAACUCACCCUUUGUGUAAUCAUGACCAAGCUUGUUUUGUCAUCUAUUAAAAUUGUAUUUGCAAAGCCGAUAUAAACAAUGCAGGGAAAAACACGAGUAAAUAUUUGUUGAUGCCAUCGUACAUUAUUAUUAUUUCACCUCCAAGGUCUUACAGUUUAAUAUAGAAAUUAACAUAGAAAUGGGAGCGAUGAUGUGGCAAGUGGCGACUACUUUUUUUUUAUGAGCAGAUCAUGUUGCUACUUUUAAAGCGCCAUCACCCAUUGUUAUAUUGAACUGACCUGGUUGAAACUACGUACGCAUUUUCACGCUGAUCCCAAUUGCGACUGACACAAUAAUAUUCUUCCUUACACCUUGAUUGCCUAUGGGGAAAACAUCGUCUGAAUUGCAUAAAUAAAGCCAAUAAGUUACUAUUGUUUGUACACAGUAGCUCUGACUUUGCUCAGGUCUAGGGAAACAUACGCUACUUCUUUUAUCUAUGCCACUCGCAGUAGAAGGAGAGUGAGAUUGUUCUUGCCAUGGUAAGUUUACUGGUUGAUGGCAAUUUAACAUGAAUUAGCACUUUUGUUGGUUCAUUCCUGAUUAUGACCAAUAUUCUGGCAAUGCACAUCUGAUCCAUUGACUGCCUCCCACCAUUUAUGAUGCAUGCUGUCAGCUGUAGCUGUCGAACUGCAGAAGAAUGUCUGUUUAUCCCACUAAUUGGUAAAAUAAUUGCAUCUAUACUGAAGGGGAGAGAGGCCGAGUUUUUUUUCUAAUUAAACACGUGGAAAGUGUAUGUUCUUUUAGUGAAACUCUAUGGCAGGGUUUAUGUAAAAUAUAUCAUUUGAAAUGCAGUGCUGUACGUUUGAUCAUGCCCAAUGUGUUUUUUUUAUCAAAAUAAUAUAGUUUCAAGGAACAUGUAAAAAAGACUAAAUCACUGAUAACAUUUUAAUGUUUAUGGUAAUAGGUGACAGUUGGCGGAGGUCAGAACAUUCUGAGCUGGCACCGCUGAGAUGCUGGCUUCUAAUAUGGGCAUCCACCGCUGAUAAAAACUGGGAUAUCAAGUGUGUCGUGGGUUGAUAAUCUCAGUCCAGUCACCAGUAACUGCAAAAAUAAAACAUUAAACUGUGGUUCUGCACUUAAUGUGCAUAAAUUAAAACUCUGACAAAAAUAUAUUUGUCAUGAGUUGACUAUUGCUCGUGACAUGACUUGUAAGAAGAAUGUCCUGCCCCCUGACUUGUGUGGAACAGAGGUGACUUGAAUUGACGUCAGAGGUAGCUCUAUGAUAUCCGCUUACGUGGGUCUUACGUACAAAGGAGUGCACUGUAAGACAUUACGCCGAUGGCACAAUUGGGAUAAUAUUGAGUAAACAAAGACUUUAAAAAUAACUUAUUGUAUUUUUCGAUUUAAAGCUGGUUGCAUUUUUUCCCCACUUAGAAAAGCUAUUUGCAUCUAAAUUCGGAAUACAGGCGCUGUCAUUGUGGUUUUGAAUUAUGUUGAUCACAGCCCUAAGUUUGGUUCUACCUGUGAGUAUAAACUGUUAUUCCUCCUACUGCUCAUGGAAUAUGGAUGAGGUGCAUCAUGUUGCCAGCUUGUUUUUCCGUGUUCGCUAUCACCAUGGGCUGCAGAUAAAGGCAAACUGACAUUUUUCCUACCAUUAACAUUUAUAGCUUUGUACUUGUUGAUGUUUGCUUACAAAAGGCCAUGGUUCGGUUUUUUUCAUUAUUACCACUCCCAUUUGCUGCCUUAGUAUUACUAUGGUGGCCUCCUAGUUCUGUCGUAAGCUUGUUAGCUAUACAAAAAGCUAAAUCUGCAGUUAGCAUUGUUAGAAUGUUUUAAUAAAAAAAAAAGUACCUCGCUGUCGAAUGUAUCUUUUGUGGGAUUUUUAAAAUCCAUUAAAAUUCUAAAUGCAUAGAGUACAUUUUCAUCUUUCUAUUUUAUGUUGGGAAAGAAAAUACAGUUUAGCAAAAUCCCACAGUGAGUAACUGUGAAAUUAAUUGCUCAAGUAGAGUAGCAGGUCGCAUAUCUGACUUGCUAGGGGUCCAAGGUGAAGUCGGGCAUGUGAAUUCACAUCCAUAAAAUGAGUUGCACCCUUCACGCAUAGGUCGCUUAACAAGAAUGAAGUGCAAACAGCGUUAAACAUGGUCAAAUCCUGCACCGUGCUUCAGAAGUGAGCGUGCAUAUUGUUAGAUUAAGAAUACGUAACUGGAUGUGAACGGGUCAGAUUUGUGAACGUCUAAAGUUAAUAAUGACAAUGUCCACAAAUAUCAAUUUGCAUGUGGCCGGUUACUCGGUCAGGGCGGAUGUGCUAUGUACUGCACAAUAUUUGUCGUUAAGCAUUAGGCCAUUGGUGGGUAUACCCGGUGACUUGCGAUAAAAGCAAUGCAUUUUCUACCAAUGCUUAGAAAGAUUCACGGUGCAAGUGGCCCGACAUUCUUCAGUCUGUCGGCUGACUGCACACAAUCAGGAAUUGUGGCGUUUAUUUUACAAGGACCAUAUAGAAGAGCAGCAUAUCGUGGGUUUAUUAUAUGGUGUAGUUUUUUUUUACUUUGUACAUAUUCCAGUUGUAGACGGCUGCUCUGAUCAGUUUGCCGAUGUUAUUUUUUUUUUAUAAAGAUGUACAUUAAUCCGGGAUUUAGUCGGGUUUUCAUGAACUUGUGUGAUCCUGUGUUUGACUGAUAACAUGUCGAUUAAUAACAUUGCAACCUCUGGAAUUGUCCAAAACCUGCAUGUACUUUGGAUACUUAAUUGUGCAAACAACUGUAAUGCGGUUUAAUUAUGACUGCUUCUUACAGUUUUGUCUUGUAUAUUUAGCAAAACUACAGCCGAUGCUAAAACACUGUAAACAUUUGUCAGAUGCACCAUUUUGAAGACGAGUUGAAGUCAAGAGCUUUGCCAAAAUAUGAAUCUCCCAACAUUCCUCGUUACGAAAUGUGUGAAUAGGUUAAUCGGAUGUGAAUUUUCACUUUGUCUACUUUGUCAUUUUUUUUUUUUACCGACAUGAGUCGCUCACGUGCAUAUUACCCCCCCCACACACACAUUAUUUCAGUCCGGACCUGGCAAAUUCUCAAUUUGUGUGAGAUUAAGAUUAGACUCUUUCGUGGUGUUGUUGUGUUUUCUUCAAAUAAUACUUUGCGGCAUGUGAUUAAAAUUGCACUGAGUUAUACGUAGCUGCUUUGAAUCAAACGUUGUUGUAAUGUUACCGUAGUUGUAGGUGGGGGGGGGGGGGGGGGGGGGGCUGAAAUUUAGGUUACUUUUUAAAAUUUCCCACAGUUUUGCUUAUUUACUUUUUGGUGUAAAUUGUGCAAUUAGUAAAAUCCAGACCUGUUGUGAUAACCGAGACGAUACCAAGAGUUGAUUGAAAUAUUUAAUGCUACAAAAAAAUAAAUAACCCCCUAAAAUGUU